ACCAAACCAGCGACGUCAUAUAUAGUAAUAAGUUUACGCAGCGAUAUCGAAAUUACUUGGACUGGUGUGUUGUGCAAAGAAGUUAAGGUGCAAGAAAGAAAAAAAUGGCAACAUUUCGUGUAGAAAACUUCUUCAAUACAUUUCAUAAUAAACUUGAGGAACCUGUGAGAAAACAUCUGAAGAAUGUGUACAGUUGUGUGGCAAUAUCAACAUUGGCAGCAGCCGGUGGUGGUUAUGUUCAUCUUUUCACCAACUUGUUUCAGGGAGGACUUCUCAGUGCAUUGGCUGCACUUGCCUUUUUGGCUCUUCUCCAUUUUACUCAUAAUGAUGGAAAAAAUGCUGGUAUGCGUCUGAGUUUUAUGGUGGGAUUUGCCUUUGCUACAGGUUUGGGCUUGGGCCCCCUGUUGAAAGUGGUCAUUACGGUCAACCCAAGCCUGAUCUCUCUAGCAUUCUUGGCAACUUCAACUAUUUUCCUGUGCUUCACUCUGUGCUCACUGUUCAGUGAGAGGGGAAGUUGGUUGUUCCUUGGAGGAUCUUUAAUGUCAAUUCUGUCCACCAUGUUUCUAUUGGGUAUGGUAAAUCUGUUCACCAGAUCCGUUUUCAUCUCACAGAUACAUCUCUACCUUGGACUGGCAGUAAUGUGUGGUUUCAUUCUGUACGAUACUCAGCUUAUAAUUGAAAAGUGUCGCAUGGGCGAUCGUGACUUCAUCAGGCACUCUGUGGACCUAUUCAUUGACUUUGUAGGCGUGUUUCAGAAACUUCUGAUCAUUCUCACUCAAAAGGAGGAGUCUAGAAAGAGGAGAAAAAAUUAAAAGACUGGGUUUUCCCAAAGUAAAUCUUCCCCUGCUUGGCUUCAUCGUAAGAGAAAAAUAAGUGAAUCAAGUUUACAGAUGGACUUAAUUAAAUCUUUUUAUUUCAGUUAAUGUCUUGUUUAUGGUAUAUUUUGAACAUUGGUAUUUUUCUUUGUUAUUAAAAUUCCUGGUUUGGAAAUUUGUAAUAAUUGUAUAUUAAUCUGAUUUUAAGGAUGUUUAUAUAAAAAAUUUAUUAUAGGAUUAUUCAGUUAUUAGUAAUUAAUAUGUUUUAUAUAAUGUUUAGUAUACAAAAAGAGAAUUAACAGAAAUGUAAUUUAAACAGUACAAACACCAAAUUAAUGUUUACUAAAGUAUCUUGUUCAACUCUACUAGUGUCGAGAUGUAAUAAUGUCCUUGUGGAAUAAAGAAAUUUUUUGAUCAAAA